GAAACCAAUCAGAUAGAGAGCCCCCUCGGCUUGGGCUGCCUGCAUGCUGGAGUUAAAAAGUGCUGCUGGCCGAGCGGGAGCCCCAGUGAGAGGCGGGGAGGCUGAGCGGCGCUGGGCACACGGGGUCGGGGAGCUGCGCUGCCACCGACCCGGGCGAGGCUCGUCCCUGCUUAACGGGAGCUGUAAUGAUAAACAUGAUCUGAAAAACUGGACCAAGCAAGCAGAAGAAAAUGCAUGAAUAAAUUAUCAACAGCGGACAUGCCCAGGAACUGAAGCCAGGAGCUCCCCCAACUCUCUCCUCACUCUUCCGUUAAAAAUUCUCAGCCAUGUAGCCAGAGAGCUGGAGUGAUAUCAUGGGGCUUCUGUGGCCAGUGACACAGCAAACAACAGUAGAUCCUUUGAGACUGCAAAGACUGUUUAAAGACGGAAGACGGCAUGAGACUGGAUUCAGUGCAGUAAAGUAGGUUAGUUUGGGGACAAGCAAAAGGUCAUUAUUUAGACCAUCUUGUGUUGCCAUGAUGAGAACUUACCAUUGCUUCUGGCUGCUGUUUUGGGCUGGUCAGCCUCACCAGAGUUUCUUAACUCCAUUAUCCAAAAGGACUAGUGGCUUUCCAGAAAAGGAAAAAGUUUUGGUGUUGUCUGGAAACAGCAGGCAAGACCUCCAUCGUUCCAAAAGGAGCUGGAUGUGGAAUCAGUUCUUUUUACUGGAGGAAUACACAGGAACUGACUACCAAUAUGUUGGGAAGCUGCAUUCAGACCAGGAUAAAGGAGAUGGAUCACUUAAGUACAUCCUUUCUGGAGAUGGAGCAGGAGAUCUCUUCAUUAUCAAUGAAAAUACUGGUGACAUCCAGGCCACAAAGAGACUAGACAGGGAAGAAAAGCCUGUGUACAUACUCCGUGCCCAGGCUAUAAACAGAAGGACUGGAAGACCAGUGGAACCAGAAUCUGAGUUCAUCAUUAAGAUCCAUGAUAUCAAUGACAAUGAGCCAAUGUUUACAAAGGACGUUUACAAUGCCAGCAUUCCCGAAAUGUCUGAUGUUGGUACCUUUGUUGUGCAAGUCACUGCAACUGAUGCUGAUGAUCCUACAUAUGGGAACAGUGCUAAAGUUGUCUACAGCAUUCUCCAGGGACAACCAUAUUUCUCUGUCGAAUCUGAGACAGGCAUUAUUAAAACUGCUUUGCUAAACAUGGACCGUGAAAACAGAGAGCAAUACCAAGUGGUCAUCCAGGCUAAAGACAUGGGAGGCCAGAUGGGUGGAUUAUCAGGAACCACCACCGUGAACAUCACACUAACUGAUGUAAACGACAAUCCGCCUCGCUUCCCCCAGAGCACAUACCAAUUCAGAACUCCUGAGUCUAUGCCACCUGAUUCACCAGUUGGCCGGAUAAAAGCUAAUGAUGCUGACGUGGAUGAAAAUGCAGAGGUUGAAUACAGCAUCACUGAGGGGGAUGGAUACGACGUGUUUGGAAUUACCACAGACAAGAACACACAGGAAGGAAUUAUAACUGUCAAAAAGGCAUUGGAUUUUGAAAAUAAAAACCUGUAUAUUCUGAAAGUGGAAGCUACCAAUACUCAUGUGGACCCUCGAUUCCUCUACCUGGGGCCAUUCAAGGACUCCGCUACAGUCAGAAUUCAAGUGGAGGAUGUAGAUGAACCCCCAGUGUUCAGCAGACCAGCAUACAUAAUGGAAGUGAAAGAAGAUGUUCCAAUAAACAGUGUAAUAGGAACAGUAACUGCGCAGGAUCCAGACGCUGCGAAGAACCCUGUCAAGUACUCUGUAGAUCGACACACUGAUAUGGACAGAGUGUUCAACAUCAAUUCAGGAAAUGGUUCAAUAUUUACUUCAAAACCCCUUGACCGGGAAACACUGCUAUGGCACAACAUUACAGUAAUAGCAGCAGAGAUCAACAACCCAAAACAAAGCAGCCGUGUCCCAGUAUACAUUAAGGUUUUGGAUGUAAAUGACAAUGCUCCAGAGUUUGCCAUGUUUUAUGAGACCUUCGUCUGUGAAAAUGCAAAGGCAGAACAGCUGAUACAAACAUUAAGCGCUGUUGAUAAAGAUGACUCUUACAGUGGACAUCAGUUUUCAUUUUCCUUAGCUCCUGAAGCAGCCAGCAGCUCAAACUUUACACUACAGGACAACAGAGACAACACAGCAGGGAUUUUCACCCGAAAAAUCAGAUAUAACCGGCAUGAAAUGAGUACCUACUUCUUGCCAGUGGUAAUAUCAGAUAAUGACUACCCUAUCCAGAGCAGCACUGAAACAGUGACAAUUCGAGUAUGUGCUUGUGACCACCGAGGAAAGAUGCUGUCCUGUAAUGCAGAAGCCUUGAUUCAUCCUACUGGUCUUAGCACGGGGGCUCUUAUUGCCAUUCUUCUCUGUAUCAUUAUAUUACUCGUUACAGUGGUGCUGUUUGCAGCACUGAGACGGCAACGGAAAAAAGAGCCUUUGAUUAUUUCCAAAGAAGACAUCAGAGACAACAUUGUCAGUUAUAAUGAUGAAGGUGGUGGAGAGGAAGACACCCAGGCAUUUGAUAUUGGCACGCUGAGGAAUCCUGAAGCCAUAGACGAUAAUAAAUUACGCAGAGAUAUUGUGCCAGAAACACUUUUUAUGCCACGGCGGACUGCAGCAGUGCGAGAUAACACGGAUGUCAGAGAUUUCAUUAACCAAAGGUUAAAGGAAAAUGAUAUAGAUCCAGCAGCACCCCCGUAUGACUCAUUAGCAACCUACGCGUACGAAGGUAAUGGUUCUGUUGCCGAGUCCCUCAGCUCCUUGGAGUCGGUGACUACAGAUGGAGAUCAGGACUAUGAUUAUCUCAGUGACUGGGGGCCUCGGUUUAAAAAGCUGGCAGACAUGUAUGGUACAAUGGACAGUGACAAAGACUCUUAAUAUGUUGCCUUUUUUUUUUUCCUGUUUUUUCCCCCUUCCUCAUUUUCAGAAACAGCAUUGAGAUAUGUGAAGUGGCUAUUUCUUUCUAUUUCUCCACAGCUGCAUGAAAGGGUUCCAUGUUCUUCCCUUUCAAAUUGUCUUAUGACUACAGUCUGUGUGGAUCAGCCGUCAGAAAACUUUUUCUAGUAUCGUCUUAUGAGCUUCCAAGAGGCAAAGUUCUUAUUUUUUAGCGCAUUCAGUUUACCAAGCCAAUCUUACAGGCAUGGCAGUAGUGGAGGGGAAAAAAGGAUCAAAUGGGGAGCAAUAUUUUUACUUGUUCUGCUUAUAUUGUAAAUUAGAGUAUAUUACUGUUUAAGCUCACUUGCUCUUUUUACUUGUAUUCAGGCUAUUCAACUCAGAAAACUGCUCUGUCAAUUGUGCAUUGCACAUCCCAAUGUAAUGAGGUACCCUAGUUUACCCUAUGUAUUAUAGUCAAAAGUAGUGGUGAUGGAAUGAAGGUUUAUUGUACAAGUAGAGUCAGCCAAGAAAAAACAUCAAAUACACAUUUUACUCGUGAAGAGGGUAGAAAGACCUAAUGGUCAUUUAAAUCUAAGUGUUUUUCUAGAACUCGCCAUUGUUGCCCCAAUGCACUGAAUCACACUAACACACACAUUUAUUAUAUAUAAUUCAUUGACUGAUAUGUAUAUAUUCUUCUGACCUAGCAUUGCUGGAGAGAUGUGUGUGCGUGCAUGUGUGUGUGGUCAGUAGCCCCAAUAUCUAAUUCUUAGAUGGUUUCCCAGUUCUAGCCCAGACAUUCCUUGUGAUAUGAGGAAAAUCAUCUAACCCAACUCCAGAGUAGAUCAUGACUUGGGGGAAGGAACAGAUCAUAACUGCGCUUUUCUUCAUACUUUUUCCAUUUCACUGAUGGCCACUGUGCUGGGGAGGUGGAAGUCAGGCUUUUCAUAUCCAUCUACUUCUGCCUAUUCUCAUAUGCAACAGGGGCGCAGUACUCUCAAGGUGACUGCCACCCACUGGGGCAAAAGCAGCAGCUGUAAUGGAGGAAAAAAUGCUUUUUAUGUCCUCAUCUUCCCUCCCUGAAAGACCAGGGUGGCUUACUGACUGUCUGUCUGCCCGGUUUUGCUAUCUGUAAAAUGGGGAAAUGAUGCCUACCUCAUCAGGAUGUUGCAAGAAUUAUAUAAGUAAUUUGGAAAAUGCUGGCAUUCUGCCAGAGAAAUUAAUUUGUUGUGCUUUGGGGUGGUUAUUUUUGUGUUGGUUUUUGGUUUGGUUUGUUUUGUUGCGGUUUUUUUUCCCAGAUUCAAGCCCUGAAUGCUCAAGUAAGUGAGAGUCGAUUGUUAUUCCAGUGUCCUAAAAAGUAGGGUUUAUCACUAUAACUCAUGUUUUUAAAUAAAACACUCAGCCAGGGUUGUUAAAAACUUCACCAAAAGGCAAAAUUUUAUUCACAAGCCUCUCUCUCUGUGUUUAUGUGUUUUGCUAAGCUAAGUAAAUGUUGUCCGAGGGAAGGGUGGGGGAAGAUGCCAUAGUCUCAGACCAAACAAAUUUUCUUUACAGCUGGUGCACCACUCAAUAUCUCUGUUGGUUUGUCAAAUGUGUGCAGUUGCUGCUCUUCAAAUGCAGCCAUCUAGGGGAGCCUAUCUGGAGAAAAACCUAAGGGGUGGCCAUGGGACGUAUCCAAUUCCAGGAGCUAAAAGCCACUUUGGGUUGCAAAGUAGGGACAUAGCCCAUGACACUGUGCCAAGGAAAGAAGGAUUUGGGUUUGUUUUUGGGUUUGGAUUUGUUUGUUUGGUUUUUUUAAUAUACCUCAUACAUAACUAAUCUCAUGUAUUUAAUUUUGAAGCAGUAUUUAAUACCAGAAUGACAAGCAUGGAUCUAUUUUCUCCCUCCCCCGCAUUUUAAAUGAAUCAGUUUGAAAACUGAACAACAGCUCCUAUUUACUCUAAAAAUGGGGAGAGAAGGGAAAAAGUUAAUAAACAGAAAAUUAAAAAGCAUUAAAAAUUAAUCCCUGGAAUUCAUUACUCCUGCAGAGUUAAAUGAAAACAGGAGUAGGAUUGCUGAAUAUUAGACUUUUAGUGGCACAACAACAUAGUUCUAGGUUUUGCCAAAUGGCUCAGAGCAAAGAGGAUGAGGCAGCCACGCUGCGGUGCCCAGCUAGGGUUAGGGAGGACAAUUUCACAGUGGGGAGCACUGCACAUUAACAGGUUUAGGGCGAGGCAGUUAAUGGCUCAUAGAUGCCCAGCGUGAUAGAUUAGAUGGGGGUUCAGAGUGGAGUGGUCCAGAGUUUCAAAGGGAGCUGAGCCCCUAGUCUUGCUGAUAGAGGGCUCUCGCAGUGCUUCGGUCCAGCAGAGCGAAGUGCCCAACCACACUGCUUAGGGCAAGUGAGCCUGUUCUGCCCAUCACAAUGGUGAUGGAGAAACUAGGUCUUUUUAUGUCCUUCUGAGGACCCCUCAGUGAUUUAUGAUCAUAAAAGCCUUUCAAAGUCUAGCCCUUCAUGGUUUCCUUGAAAUCAGAGCAUCUAGGAAGCAACCUGUCUGAAACCUGUUCUGGCACACAAGAGGGGCUGUCUGGAUUUCAGAUAUGUGGAGGAACAGCAGAUGCUCAGCACCACUCACCACAGAGCCCAGUCAGAGGAGACACUGUACACCUCAGGGGGCUCUUCUGGAUUGAACCCUACCACGCGCCUGUAUCUUAGCCUUCGCUGCAUGGGGUGCAAAUCACCUCCAGCUAAGAGUCAAGUUGGACACCAAAGCGAGCCAGUGAACUCUCCCUUCACCUCCUCAGGUCCUGAGGAAACAGAUCCGUGUGCAGCGGGGGUGGCAAGAGUGUCUGUGAAAUGCACACUCAUUUGGCCCUGUGACCCAUCCACAGCUCACAGGGAAGAGGGAGCCACCAUCACUUGAUUGAAGACAGACCUUGCACCCAGAAAGGUCUGGGCCACCCUGCAGGUCAGCUUGCAUUAGUCACUCCUUGGGGUGGAAUGACAACACAGGAGGCUCACUGAUUUUGUAACUACUUUCCUAUGUCUGUAGAGCAAUUUUGUCUGAUUUAGUGAUUGUUGGUAGCAGUCCAAGCUUAAGUUUCUUUUUUUUUUCUUUAAUUGAAAGCUGGUUUUAUCUUGUCCAUUGAGUGACACAGUAAAUAAUAGAGAAUGGCUACUCGUGCCUGUUGUGUAAAUAUAUUAUAUAUAAGAUUACGUUAUGUCACCAGAAAUAUGGUGCCUGAAUAGCAAAUGGUUUCUUCUAAGAAAAUUUAAGGCGAACUCGCAUCCAAAUUAUUAUUUAUGUAUCUAGUUUUUAAGGUCUAUUUUUUUUGCUGCAAAUUAGACAUAUUUAGCACCUCUCACAUGGCAAGAAGAGUUCAAUUCUGUCUUUUCUUCUUGCUUGGCAGUACCACAAAGUGCAAUUUAUCAAAUCAGUACUGCAUAUUAAAUAUUGAAAGUGCCAUAUUGCAGUGAAUACAAAAUUUUGCAGUAGUAAGUCUUUGUACCUUGUUGCAUGCCGGCGUGCUAGAUGAUAGAAAUGAGUAUUUAACAAUGCUUUCACACAAUGCUAGAAUUGCCAAUUAUAGAUAAACAAGAGUUAGGCUAUAGGCUAUCAAGUGGGUUUCAAGGCUGUUUUAAGCCUGCUCUUCUUACAAUCACAUCUAUUUGAGAAGUUUAGCCUAUCCAGGCAGACAGAUGAGCAAAGCAGUUGGCUUUUAAUUUGGAAAAAACAUCUGAUCUGACAACAGGAAACCUAUUAAAAGAUACCAAGGAGUUCAGUGGAGUUAAUGUGAUACAGAGGUGUGUGUACGCAGGAGAUGUUUCCAGCCUUGCUACUGCAGAACGGUAACAUCUUUACACGUGAAGGUUUCUAGUAUAGCUUUUCCAUUCCAGCUCCCAGAAUAGCCACUUUAUUCCAGAAAGAGGAUUUUUCACUCCAGAGGAAUGAUUAUUUUUGGUUAAAAAUUAUUGUGCCCCACAGUAUGGGGAGACACAGAAGUACGUACCUCCACUGGAGCUGUGCCAAGACAACUCUCUUGGAAGAGAGCUGAUGCAGAAACUCAUAGUGAACUCUAAACAAAGGAACCAGGGGGUUUUCACAGGGCUCUGCUGACAGUACCAUAGGACUGAGUUGUGUUCCCAAACCUGAUAUUGACAAAUAAGUUGUUUAACCAUGAGAAAGACAAAUUAUCUGUGUGCUUCAGUUAUUUCUCAUAACAAAAAAAAUUGCUGGGAAAAGUACUGAGUAGAAGAGGAAAACUUGACCUGUACCAACAUUUCUAAAUUUGUCCUAAGAAACAGAUAUAUUUUUAUGACUCUCUUUCUUAUUUCAUUAGUUGUCAGUUCUUACUUCAUGCUUUGGACAGGUAGUUCCCAGAUGUUAAACGUGAGUGGGAGUGGCAACCUUCAAAUUAUUCAAUUUUGGAAGUAGUAGGCUACAUUGCAGGACAUUUCCAUUUCUCUGUCACAAAACAAGCCCUCUCCUGUCAAAAAAAACCAACUAACUGAAAAUUUGUAGUACCACAAAAAUCAGAAUGGUCAUAAAGAAGUAGAGCAAGGAGAAAUGUCUUUGGGAAUGCACGUCUGCACAGGUACAGUAUGAAUAAAAAGAAGAGAGAUAAUGAACAAUGGAAACUGGCCAUGUUUCAGAAUCAGACUUACAGAUGUUGAGCAGGCAACAGCGCAUAGUCACUGGUAACGCUCCCAGACUUCUCCAGCAGCCAGAGGGAGAUUUGCAUGGAUAAGAAGAAAGACAGCAUCUUUUUCAACCAAGCAAAUUCAAUACAGGCCACUUCCUUGCAAAUCUAUAGGAAAUACCUUUGUUAUGAUUAUUAUUAAAACUUUUUAAAUUUCUGCAGGAGAUCUGUCUGGAUGACCUUCUGCACAGUGAAUUGUGGACCGUGAUUCUGUCUAACUAACUCUCUGCAAACACCACCAUGUUAGCUCUUCCUGCCACUGCCUUUUUUAAAUUUCUUUGCGUUUCCUUUGGCUGUUAGUAGUGCCAAAGUGUUUCAGAAGAUCAGUGUCCCAACUGGAUGCUGCCAUCGCCUGCCCAUUUAUGUUUCAAUUAACAGUACAUUCUGAGCUCCCUUGUCAAAUGAAAGCUGACAAAUUAACCAUCAUUAUGCUACUUCCAGUGACUAUGAUCUGUGUCGUAUGUUGUGAAAGGCAGGGUUUUUUUCCAGCGCUUCUAGACAUGUUAAACAGCAGCCUCCUCCAAUAAAUGUCAAAGCCACAAUAAUUAUUAUUUUCAGUUUAGCUUUCAGAAAGGCUUGUUUUCUUAGCGAUUGUUUCAGUACUUAAGAAAGAAGAGGAACAAAAACGUAUUUAAUGUCUACAGCCUCACGUAUUGUUCCAGAAGGAGGGAAAAAACACAGCAGCCAAGGCAGUGUUUUAAUUCCAGUCUUUCCCCUCAGCAGUUUUACUUAGGCACAGCUGAGACAAUCUUGAUCCUGCCCAUCAUUUUGCAAUAUUACACUUUUCAGCCCAUACCUGCAUUUCUCGUACAACUUUCCUGAACAGCUCAUAAAAUUCAGCAGUAGGCAUCCAAAAGCCGUGACUGGCAUUACAGGGUGUACAAGAAUCAGUGAACUGGGAGUUUCAGGAAGAAGAAGAGAAUGGGAAUUGAAUGGAGGGGGGGUGAGGGGAGGUAAUCAGUCAUAUGCAAGGCAGGCCCAUGGUACUUAAAAGCCGCAAAGCUGUCAUAUUAUGCAUAGAGUCACUGGAUUUCAAAGGAGCUUUUGUAGAACCUCCUCUUAUUUUUUUUCUGUAUGUGUAUUCUACUUUCUUUAAAAAAAAAAAAAAAGAAUAGUUAAAAACAUAAGAGCUGCUAGCUUCAAAUUUCUCCUUCCACGAAGUUGAUUUGACAAACAAGGCAUAAACCCAGCAUAUAUAGAAAUCCUUUCCACUCUCAUGGUCUUUUGGCCUUUCCUAUGAGACUGCACUAUUUAUGUAAAUAGACCUGGAGACACUUUCUAUAAGCUUUUAGUUUUCUACGAUCAAUUACUUUAGUGUUUAUUAAAGAAAAAAAUGUAUAGAAUUAUUAAGCAUUCAGGUGAAGACAAUGAAGAAACAAAACUGCAAACACAAAAUUGUUCUGGAUUUUGACACAAACUCUUUAGAAUCACUGUACUGUUUUAAUUCUGUGAUUAUUUUCAUUGCUUUGAAAAUUAAACUUAAAAGAAAGGCCUUAUAAUAAAUGCUAUGUGCAUCUUAAUUGUGUUACUGAGCGAAAUCUAUCUGGCAAACUCUUAUUGCAAUUUGUGACUUUCAAACACUUCAAAUAAAUGCUUUUAGGUAUUGAUUUUUUUUAAUUAAAAAUACUUCUAAGCAUAGAUCAAAACUGAUGCCACCACCUGGGAAGAUUUACUUGCUGGCAUGCUCCAACUACGGAGUCUCUUGCGAUAUCAUCCCCUGGUUGUUCUAAGGAAACCUCAACAUCGGAUGGAUUUAGUCACUGCUCUGCACAGAGGGACAACUGAGAGUGAUAAGAAUUUUGUAACCUAAGAGAUUUACACCUAGAAGCUUCCUUGUGUUGCAAAUGGACCCAUGCUAGAACGAUUAUCUCUUCUGCAGUGUGGAUGGGCAAUUGUUGUGGUCAGAUGGCAAGUGUGCACUCCCUCCCUUAUAUUUCCUAUUCACUGUACUGGCUUCUUUUCUGUGGGUGGGGGGUAAAGGGGGAAUGAAAUUUAAGGAUAUAAUGAGAAACCCAUUUGAACAACAAUUUCUCACAGAUAGAGUGAAUUUGCCUUUUUGCAAAUUGAUUUUUGUAACAAAUUAUUUAUAUGAUGCUACUUAAUAAAUUGGUU